CGCUUGAUCAGCAACGAUUCCACUUAUGACGCGCGCUCAUUCGCAUUGUUGUCAACAAUUGCUACACGUCUCCGCAACCGCGCAGCUGCUCGUUCAAAAAUGGAUCAAUCGAAAGAUUAUUUUGUUGUUGCCCAAACUAAGGAGGCGGGGAAGCAUGUUCUCACCGCAGUUCCGUGUCGAUGGAUCCGAGACGGGUGUCUCUUUUGGCCUGGCAAAAAUGCGAACAAAUUGAGAAAGAAUCUCACCUCAGAACCAAGCGCCGGUUGGAGUAAGAUUGCGUGCAGCAUCAAAAGGAAGUACAUCCCGUCCUACGAGGAAGCGGAGGCAGAAGCCGCCGAGCUUUCCGGACAAAAUACGGAGAGUUCCGAUGCAGCACCGCGGAGGAAGAAACAAAAAAGAGCGACGAAAGAUGACACAAGCCGCCGAUUUGAUUUUAAUCAUCUAGUUCCCGGCGAGGCUCCUGGAGACGGUAUGUUUUUGUGUGUUGUUUUACCUUUCUUAUGCUACACAUUGAAAAUUCACUUUCCAGGAAAUUCGAGUACCUUCAGCACGACAAGCAACCUGCUCUGCAGCACCGAGCCGGAACCUACCGGAACAGAAAUGAACACCCAAGUCGUCGGUGAAGCUCAAAACCAACCUGGUCCAUCUCACAACUUUCUCUGCACUGCAAAUGCAAAUCCGGUGGAAAACGCCUUCUCCACACAGCCGGUUCCCGACCAGCCCGUUUAUGUUACGACAGUUCCUCUUCCCGAAUCAGCACAACACGCAUCGGAUGAAAUUCAGGCGAUUGCGACGGAGGGAGAAUACGUGUAUUUCCAACAGCCAACUAUUGACGUGGACUACAUCGUUAGGGCCGUGACGGACAAAAUCGAGGCGGAAUGCUCCAAAAUGAAGCAGGAAAUACUCGCGGCUGUUGGGUCUAUGAUGGCAACGUUAAAAAGCGACAUGGACGUUAAAAUUGCAGCGGCUUUGCGUGCGCAAGGAAACCCGUCUGACGAGAAUGAUGACUUCAAAUUCUCUCCAGUGUCAAGCAUCGAAGCUAUCCAUGAGCUGGAGAAGCAUCUGGCAGAUGAAACCUACGCAAAGCGUUUCACUUCUUACAUGAAAAAGAUCGUCGGAUUUGUUGGUGACAACUGCAACGGGAUGAACAUUUCGUACACGCUGGUGGAUCAUUUUUUCGAACGAAGUGUCAUGAUGAAAUGUUCGUGGAGUGGCGCUAGUCGCAGUUCUGCCAUCAAAUUGGCAAUCAAAAACUGUAGCAAUAUCCUGGACACAUUCUUCGCAAUCGUUCGUAGUGUGAAUAUGACUUUCUCCAGGCAGCUUCUUGAGCAUUUCUUCAAACAAGUAACAAGGAAUGCCAAGAAGAGAAGCGAAGCCAAAGGUUUGCGCCAACCAACCAUACAUCGAAGGGCAAAACGAUCUAACAAAGCGCAAGUUAAAGGUAAUUUUUACAGAUCAAAUUCUAUUACAAUUGAUUAAAUUUUUGCUUUUUUUUCAGCGGCUGUUGCUUCGAAUCAAAGUUGCGGAAGUGGCAGAACACCAUCGACGACAGACGAUGAUUCACAAUCAAGUAAAUCAUCCAACAGUGAAAUGUCGGACAGCGAGAUGCUAAUCAGCAAGGUGGAAAAUUGUGAGCCUGACAUC